AUGGCUUUUCUGGAGGAUAGGAACCACACUGCAGUGACAGAGUUCAUUUUAUUGGGCCUAACAGAUGACCCAGUGCUUAGAGUUGUCCUCUUCACCAUCAUCUUGUGCAUCUACCUGGUGACUGUGUCUGGGAACCUCAGCACCAUCCUUCUCAUUAGAGUCUCUUCCCAGCUCCAUCACCCCAUGUACUUUUUUCUCAGCCACUUGGCAUCUGUUGACACAGGCUACUCAUCUACUGUCACACCCAAUAUGCUUGUCAACUUCCUUGAGGAGAAAAGCGCUAUAUCCUACAUUGGAUGUUGUAUACAGUUUGGGUCAGCUGCUUUCUUUGGAACAGUUGAAUGCUUCCUUCUGGCCACCAUGGCUUAUGAUCGCUUUGUAGCAAUCUGCAACCCACUGCUUUAUUCCACCAAAAUGUCCACACAAACCUGUGCCAAGUUGGUUGUAGGCUCUUAUUUAGGGGGGGUUCUUAAUGCUUCCUUUUCCAUAGUUUCUUUUUUUUCUUUUCUCUUCUGUGGACCGAAUAGAAUCAAUCACUUUUACUGUGAUUUUGCUCCUUUGGUGGAACUCUCUUGUUCUGAUAUCAGUGUCUCUGUAAUUGCUACUUCAGUGUUUUCUGCCUCAGUUAUUAUUAUCACAGUAUUUAUUAUAGCCAUCUCCUACACCUACAUCCUCAUUACCAUCUUGAAAAUGCACUCCACUGAGGGCAGCCACAAGGCCUUCUCAACCUGCACCUCCCACCUCACUGCAGUCACUCUGUUCUAUGGAACUGCUAUAUUCAUUUAUGGAAUGCCCAAGUCAAGCUACUCCACAGACCAGAACAAGGUGGCAUCUUUGUUUUACACAGUGGUAAUCCCCAUGUUGAACCCCUUCAUCUAUAGCCUCAGGAAUAAUGAAAUUAAGGGUGCUCUCAAGAGACAGCUUGGUAAGAAAACCUUUUCUUAG